AUGACCAUGGAUACCGAAUAUGAAAAAGAUCAUAUCAAAAAGCUGCAGGAGCAGCGUAUGUCCAUGCAAAAGAAAACCUUUACCAACUGGAUGAACAAUGUCUUCUCCAGGAAUAAUGUGAAGGUUGAGUUAGAAGAUAUUUACACAGACUUGAAAGAUGGCAUCUCUCUCAUGAAACUCCUGGAGCUGCUCUCGGGAGAAGUUUUGCCCAAACCAAGCCGGGGAACUAUGAGAGUGCAUUUUUUAGAGAACAACAGCAAAGCCAUCUCAUUUCUGAAAUCCAAGGUACAAGUAAAAGUGAUUGGUCCUGAGAAUAUCGUAGAUGGUGACAGAACCUUAAUCCUAGGACUUAUCUGGAUCAUCAUACUUAGAUUUCAGAUUUCAUCUAUCAAACUUGAUAAGGAAGAAUUUGGAGGCAGAGCUGAUGUUCUGUUUGCGAAUGAAGCCUUACUACUCUGGUGUCAGCAUAAAACUGCCAGCUAUUCCAAUGUAAAUGUGAAGGACUUCUCCAGAAGUUGGAGUGAUGGGCUGGCUUUCAAUGCACUCAUACAUGCUCACAGGCCUGAUCUUAUCCACUAUAGCUCACUGAGGCAGGACCAGCCCAUUAAAAACCUGAACAAUGCCUUUGAUGUUGCUGAGAAAGAGUUUGGAAUCAGCAAACUGCUUGAUGCUGAGGAUGUGGCUGUGCCCUAUCCAGAUGAGAGAUCCAUCAUGACUUAUGUGUCACUCUAUUACCACUACUUCUCCAGACUGAAACAAGGCCAGACAGUACAGAAGCGACUUACCAAAAUUGUGUUCUUCCUGAAGGAGAUAGAUGACUUGAAGCUUCUGUAUGAGCAGAUGGUCUCUGACCUCCUGAAAUGGAUUAAGCAGAAGGUGAUGGAACUGGAUGACCGUCAUUUCCCCAACUCUCUUCAGGAAAUGUGGCUGCUCAUGGCCAACUUCAAAACCUUCCGCACUGUGGAGAAACCCCCCAAAUAUCAAGAGAAGGGCAUGAUUGAAGCUCAUCUCUUCAACAUCAGGACCAAACAGAGAGCCAACAACCAACGGCCAUACUUGCCCCCAGAGGGGAAGAUGCUGCAGGAUGUGGAAAAGCAUUGGAUCAUACUGGAAAAGUCAGAGCACAACCGGGGAAAAGCACUGCAAAAGGAGAUGCUUAGGCUAGAAAGGCUGGAACAGCUAGCGCAGAGGUUCCUGAAGAAGGCAGCCCUGCGUGAGUCCUACUUAGAAGACAUGAGGAAAGUUAUUGGGAAGCAGGACUUCUGGCCAGAGAGUGUGGACAGGAUGGAGGCUGCCAGUAAGAAGCUGGAAGCCAUUGUGGCAGAUGUACUGCCCAGGAAGGAACGCUUCACAGCUUUGGAUGAAAUGGCAACUGUUAUUAGCCAAGAGAACUUUCACAGCAAAGAUCAAAUCUUGAAGAAGCAAAAAACCAUUUCAAAGCAAUGGCAGGAUCUCCUGGAUCAGCUGCAGAGACGAGAACAAUCCCUGGGUACAAUGCAGGAAAUUCUUGGCCUUCUAAGGGACGUUGAUGCCAUUACAGAGGAGCUGAAAGAGCUGCAGGUACCGAUGAAUUCCCAGGAUUGUGGUAAGCAGCUCCUGGAAGUAGUAGAUUUGCUACAGAAUCACAGCUUGAUUGACUCGCAGAUCUCUUCCUAUGGUGGUAGAUUGACACGUAUCACCCAGAGGACAACAGAAAUCAGCAAGGACAGCACAAUUAAACCAGAACUGCUUUAUGCAAAAGUUCAGAUGCUUCAUCAGCUGUAUCAAAACCUUACAGCUCUGAGCAAAUCACGAAAAUCUCAGCUAGAAGAGGCUUUGAAACUCUUUGAAUUCUUCCGUGACUGCAAAGAGGAGGAAUCGUGGGUCUCUGAGAAAUGGAAGCUAGCAAGAACUACAACAUUAGGGAAAGAUGUCAGCCAGAUUACAGCCUCUAUUCAGAAGAACAAGGCUCUUGAAGCAGAGUGUAAUUCCCACAGAGCCAUAUGUGCGAAUGUGAUGAGGAGGGGCUGGGAGCUCAGCCAAAAGAACCCUGCUCACCAGGAUGACAUUCUGAGGCAGACAGACAACCUCCAGAAGCUGUGGCAGCAGCUCCAAAAUGAGGUGGCUGACCGCAAAAGCCGCCUGCAGGCGGCAGCUCUCAUCAAACAGUACUUUGCUGACAUCGAUGAAGCAAAUUCAUGGUUGCAAGAAAGGCAGCCCCUUCUAGCCAGCAAGGACUAUGGAAAAGAUGAAUCUAGUGCAGAAGCACUGUUGCAUCGUCACUUGCGCCUGGAGAAGGAGAUUGCAGCCUAUUCCUCUGAGAUGACACGCCUGAAACAGCAGGCUGACAUUGCAGCACAGCAAGCUCCAGCUGCCGUGAUGCAGAGGGAAGCCCCAAGUGACUUAAAUCAAAAGACAACUAAGCUACCCUUCAGUCGAACCUGGGAAACAUCUGAAACUGCAUCCACUGGAACCUUAAGUCCAGAUGUUCAUUUUCUUUCAGAGAACAUCUGGAAAACCCAAGACGAAAUAGAUUCACUUUACAAAAAUCUACAGAGCAUGGCUGAGAACAGAAAAAAGGCUUUGGAGGAGAUGAUUGGCUAUUACCGCUUCUGUAGCUCUUGCGAAGAAUUUCAGUCAUGGAUGAAAGAUAAAGAGAACAUUUUCCGGACUCUUCAACCUCAAGCAGACAAUGUGGAGGUCAUGCAGCAGAAAUAUCAGAGCUUUUUAACAGAACUGGCUGCAGGCAAAGGCCAGCUGGGAGACAUUGAAAAAUUAGCGGUUAAAUAUGGGAAGAUCAGUCCCAGCAAAUAUUCUGAGAUCCAGGUUUGGCUGGAAGAGAUGAACAUCAGUUGGAGUCGCAUGGAAACUCUGAAAGAGGAAAAGGGCUCCGAACUGAUUGGAGUGGCUGAUGUGAAGACAUUUCUUCAGGACUGUCAGAGCAUAGGAGUACUACUGCAAGACAAGAUGGUCCAACUCAGGGAUCUGGAACCAGGGAACUUGCCUGCUGGGCUGGAGUCAGACAAGCGCAAACUGCAUACAGUUGAGAGAGAGGUCCUGGUGAUAGAGAGGAAAAUUGAAUACUUGAGGAGUGUUGCAAAGUCUAUUAAGGACACCAACCCCGCAGAGAGCAAGGCCAUCACCGAGCAGGUAGAGAACAUGGAGAGACUUCUGGCAAAGCUCAAGCUGGAGACCCAAAAGAAGCAGGACAUUCUGCAGUGGGCACAAAAUCAACAGUCCUUUCUGCAAGACAGCCGUAGGCUUCUACUGUGGGCAGAAGGCAUUCAGGAGAAGCUGAGCAGUGAAGAAAUGGGUGUGGAUGUGGCUUCUGCAGAGCAAUUGCUGAAGGAACAUCAAGACCUGCUGAAAGAAAUUAGAUCUCAGAAAGAAAGAUUUGUGCAGCUGGAAGAGCUAGGGCACAAAGUAAUCCACCAACAACCCAGUAACAGCAGGACCAUGGACGUCCACCAGUCCAUGGAGAGUCUUGCCAAGGAGAACAAAGAACUGCUGAAAAUGUGGGAACAGCGAUUGAAAAAGCUGCAGGAUGGCCUAGAAUUGCAGAAGUUCAAUAGGGAAGGAGACCGUAUCAAUGCAGCCCUCUCUGGCCAUGAGGCCUUUCUCCGGGGAGAUGACCUUGGGGACCAUGUAGAUGCUGUUCGAAGUCUGCUGAAGCAACAUCAGGAAUUUGAACAAGUGCUGGUGGCACUGAAGAGACGAGUUGAAGCACUUAAUGAAAAUGGGGCGAACCUCCUAGAGAGCAGGCACUUUGCAUCUCAUGUCAUUGAAGAAAGAAUGGUCACUCUCCGGCAACGGUGGGAGCAGCUGAUACAAAGCAAUGCAAAGAGAAAACAGAGAUUGCUGGAUUCCCUGCAGCUACAGGAGUUUAAUCGUGAUACUGCUGAGCUUUUAAUAUGGAUGGAAGAGAAGUACAAGAUUGCAUCAGAUGAAUCCUAUCGUGAUCCAACAAAUGUUCUACGCAAACUUAAGUGGCAUGAGGCUGCUGAGAAGGAAAUGUUGGCUAAUGAGAAGCACUUUACGACACUGAUAAAGAAAGGAAAUCAGUUGAUUCAAGACAACCAUUAUGCUGCAGUUUCUAUCCAGGAGAAGAUGUCAGAGCUUCAAAAGAACUGGAAGGAAUUGUAUGGCAAGAUGAUAGAGCGAGGUGACAAGCUGAGACAAGCUGGACAGCAAGAACAGCUCAUGGAACUGCUCCAGGAUGCCAAAAAGAAGAUAGAGAAAAUUGAGAAAGUUCUUCAGGAACCUGAGACAGGUCAUGAUUUGCGCUCCAGCCGUAAUCUACUCAAGCAGCACAGACAGCUGGAAAAUGAGACAUAUGAGCUGGCAGAGAAAAUGAAUGCUAUUGUAUCUCAUGCAAGGAAAAUGGCCACCAAUCACUUUGACUCCCAGAGGAUUCUGGAUGAAACACAGAAAUAUCUGAAAAGGUUUGAGUCUUUGGAAGCACCUCUUUAUGAGAGGCGUAAGUUGCUGGAAGCUGCAGUGGAUCUUUAUGAGUUCUACCAUUAUCAUGACAUGGAAUUGAACUGGAUUAAUGAGCACUUGGCUAUUGCCCAUUCCACCAACUGUGGGAAGUCCUUGGAUGUGGCUCAAAACCUGUUGCAAAAACACAAGGAACUGCAGGCAGAAGUGACUGCCCAUAAACAGCAAGUCCAACGGGUCCUGGAUAAAGGAAAGACAAUGGUUGCAGGCCAGCACCCAUCACCUCAGAAAAUAAGUGAGAAAUGCCAGGAGCUUAUGACUGCCUGGCAGGGCUUGGAGAAGUCCUGUGAGGAAAGGAUGAAGCAGCUGCAGCACUCAGUUGGCUUCCAGGAGUUUUUAGUGAAUACUUCAGACCUGGAGGCUUGGAUUGCAGAAAAAUAUCCACUUGUAACAAGCAAGGACUAUGGUAAAGAUGAAGAUGGAACACUGAAACUCAUCAAGAAACAUAAGGUACUGGAGCAUGAGAUUGCCAUUUACCAAGAUUUAAUAAAAGAACUGAGCGAAAGUGCCCAAAGUCUUCCUCUUGUGGGCUUCAUCCAGUAUACUGAGGUUGAUGCACCAAAGGAACAAGUUCGCUCAAGACUCCAGGAGUUACAGGAGCUAUCAGCAGCAAGAGGGAAGAAGCUGGAUGAAACUCUUGUCUUGCAUGAGUUUGUACGAGAAUAUGAAGAUCUGGAAGACUGGAUCACUCAGCAGAAACAAACAGCCAGCUCUGAAGACUAUGGAAAUGAUUAUGAACAUGUCUUGGUGAGUUUUUUGAUUGGAAGCAGUUGGGAAAAGAGUUGUGGCUUUCCAGCAGCUGGCAGACCACCUGCUGAACUGCGACCAUUCUGGGUCCCGGGAAAUUCGGCAGAUGCAGAAAGAGCUAAGGACAAGUCCAAAAGUAUUCCAGAUGAUGUUGCUAAGGACAUGAGAGGUGUGCAAACCCAGCUCCGCAACCAUGUGGCCUUGGAACAUGAGCUCUCCGGUAAUGAGCAGCAGCUGCAGGAGCUGAUCCGCUCUGCAGAUCAUGUGCUGCCUCACUGCUCAAAGAAGCAGGUGGAAGACCUAAAAGCAAAGCAGCAGGCAAUAGUGACCAACUGGAAGACUCUGAAGUCUAAAGUGGAACUGCGCAAGAAACUUUUGGAACAAAUAUACAAGCUUCACGAGUUUCAGGCACAAGUGUGGGACUAUUUCUUAUGGACAGCAGAAAUAAUAAGGGAAAUGAGAGCCAAGGAGACCAUUCGGGACAUAUCUACUAGCAGCCUGAGACUUACUCAACAUCAACAGCUACUGGCAGAGAUUGAAGCACGAGAAGAGAAGUAUAGUCAUGCUGUACAGCUGGGUCAGUCACUCCUGCAAGAUGAGGAAAUGGGAUCAAAAGAGAUUCAGCAGAAACUACAGGCUUUAAUGGAAGAGAAGAAAAAUGUAUACAAUGCAUGGAAACAGAAGAAGGAGUGGCUGGAGAAAAUACACCAAGAACAAAUGUUCUACAAGGAUUGGGAUCACCUGGACAUGCUCCUGAAUUCACAGGAGAUUUAUUUGAAAAGCAGUGACCUCGGAACCUCUGUAAAUGAAGUAGAGCAACUGAUAAGGAAACAUGAGGCUUUUGAGAAGCUUCUGGCAUCACAGGAUGAGAAGAUGAUAUCUCUUCAAGAACAGGCAAGCAGGCUGGAAAAGGCUGAUGGACUGGAAGGGCGAAAGAUUCAGCACAAAAUGAAUGUCAUUCAUGAGAGGAAGCAUCAGAUCAAGAAUCUAUCCCAGAAUAGGAGAGAAAAGCUGCAGAUUGCUCUUCUUCUGGCACUUUUCUACCAGAACUUGGAAGAGACAGAAGACUGGAUCAGUGAACGCAUGCAGAAGUUAGAGGAUCCUUCCGUACAAGACCCUAGCAAUCUGCAGGACAAAAUGAAGCUGCUGCAGAAACAUCAGGUCUUUGAGGCAGAGAUUCUAGCAAAUGAAGAAAUCAUCACAGCUGUUAAUAAGAAAGGAGAAGCCCUGAUAUCAAAAGGCCACCCAAAAUCAGGAGAGAUCCGUCGCGAAGUCCGCUUGCUUCAGGAGCAUUGGGAGAAGUUGAAGAGAGCUGUUGCUGCUCGUGGAAAGAUGCUGGAGGACAGUCGGGACUUCCUAGAAUUUCUCCAGAAGGUGAACCAGGUGGAAGCCUGGAUCAGGGAGAAGGAAGUCAUGAUUAAUGUAGGUGAUGUGGGAAAUGACUAUGAACACUGCCUGCAACUCAAGAAAAAGUUGAAUGAGUUUCGUGGAGCAACAUCAGGGUCAACAGUUGACGAUGCUCACAUCAGGACUAUCAAUGCCCUGGCCAUGAAACUGGAGAGACAGAACAAGGAAGAGACAAAGACGAUAUACGAGCGCCGAAAGCAUCUCAAUGAGAAAUGGAACAGUUUCCAUGGUAACCUGAACGCAUACAGGAAGAAAUUAGAGGGAGCCCUAGAGAUUCAUGCCUUAAUCAGAGAAAUAGAUGACAUCACAGAAAGAAUUACUGAGAAGAGUGUACUUAUACAAGCACUGGAUUAUGGAAAAGAUGUGGAAAGUGUGGAAAACCUGAUUCGAAGACAUGAAGAAAUGGAGAGAGAAAUCAGUGUUAUAAAGUCCAAAAUGGAGACAUUGGAAUUGGAAUCUUUCCGCCUUUCCACAAGGAAUCCAUCCAUAAAUGACAAACUGACUAUGAAGCAACAGGAGAUGAAAAACAACUGGCUACGACUCCAGGGACAGGCCAAACAAAGGAAGGAGAAGCUGGCAGCUUCAUAUCAGUUGCAGAAAUUCAACUUGGAGAUGAAGGAGUUGCUAGACUGGACCCAAAACAUCAAAGGGUUAAUGGAAGCAGGGGGGCUUCCUAAAAGCGCAAAUGAAGCCGAAAGUAUGAUUGAGGAGCAUCAGGAGAGAAAGGAGGAGAUUGAAGCACGAGUGGAAAGAUUCAACUCUCUCAGUGACUAUGGUAAAGAACUUGCCAAUUCUGGUCACUAUGCAACCCCUGAGAUUCACCAGUCCCUCUCCAGACUACAGCUAGCCUGGUCUGAAUUGAUCCAAGCAUGGAAAGAGCGAUAUAUAAAAUUGUUUCAGGCACAAGACUUACAGAAAUUCUAUGGCUAUGUGGAACAGAUUGAGAGUUGGCUCAGCAGCAAAGAAGCUUUCCUAGCUAAUGAGGACUCAGGGGACUCACUGUCUAGUGUGGAGAGCCUACAGCAGAAACAUACACAGUUUGAAAAAGCACUGGAAGUUCAGAUGGAGAAAAUUGAUGAAAUGGCUUCAUUUUCUCAGCAGCUAGCACAGAACAAGCAUUAUGACUCAGACAACAUCACCAACAGAUGCCAGGCCAUUUUGAGGAGAAAAGAGAGACUACUGGAGAAUGCUGCUGCUCGCAGACAUUUGCUAGAGGAAUCCAGGCUUCUGCAGAAGUUCCUGAGGAAUUCUUUUGAGGUGGCUGCCUGGAUUAAUGAGAAGAAUAGCAUUGCCCAGGAUGAUAGCUGGAAGGAUCCAAGCAAUCUGCAGACCAAACUGCAGAAACACCAGACUUUCCAAGCAGAGAUCAUGGCCAAUAAGAAUCAUCUGGACUCCAUCAAAUCUGAGGGGGAGAAGAUGCUCUAUGAAAGGCACCAUGCCUCAGAAGCCAUUCAGUCCAGACUACAAGAAAUGGAUGAGCUAUGGGAGGAACUGCUAGCAAGUUGCCAGGAGAAAUGGACCAAACUGCAGGAUGCUUACAAGGGUCUUCAUUUUCAGCGAAGUGUAGAGGACACAGAGAAAUGGUUGGAAGGUGUGGAAAAUGAGCUGAAAGCACCAUACAAUAGCAGUGAUCUGGUGGUUUUGAACAGUCAUCUGAAGAAACAAGAGGAAUUGGAGGAACAUAUUGCUGGCCACAGGGACCAGCUGCAAGAGCUUGUGGUCACAGCUCAGCAAUUCCAGAAGGAGAAACACUUUCUUGCUGAUGAACUAGAAGAGAGAGUAGAUCAACUGGUGCAGAGAUACAAAAGAUUACGUGAUCCUCUGCAGGAGAGACGCGGGAAUCUGGAGGCAAGCAGACUUCAGUACCAAUUCUUCCGAGAUGUUGAUGAGGAGUUGGCUUGGGUUCAUGAGAAGCUCCCCCUGGCUUCCUCCAGGGAUUAUGGCCAAUCCCUGGCAACUGUUCAGAGUCUACAAGAAAAGCACCAGAAUUUGGAGAAUGAGAUAAACAGUCGGGAUGCUUUGACCAAAGCAGUGCUCAGUACAGGACAGAAACUGGUAAGGGGAGGCCACUCAGCCUCCCUCAAGAUUAUGCAGCAUUUGAAGGAACUUGAGACUUCUGUAGAAAACUUGAAGGCAGAGGCUCAAGCGAGGAGACUGAGGCUCAUGCAGUCAUAUGAGGCCCAUCUGUUCCUAAAUGAGCUACUGGAGGUGGAGGCAUGGCUGGCAGAGAGGAGUUUCAUUCUGGAUACCUUGGAUUAUGGGAAGAAUGAAGAAUCCACGCAAGUCUUACUUCGUAAACUUGAAGCUACCAAACUGGACAUGGAUAGUUUCAGGUCCCGGAUCGAGAAAGUACAGGAGACAGGUGCCAUCUUAAUAAACAAAGACAGUCCAGAGAGCUCAGUCAUAUUUUCAAAGCUCCAGGGGAUCCUAGCAGACUACCAGUCUCUCCUACAGAAGUCUGAGACCCAGAGAAAACGCCUACAAGAACAAUUCCAGCUCUAUCAGUUUGAAAGAGAAUUCCAGCUGGUGGAUGCAUGGCUUUCCAGUAAACAGACUGUAGCAGAGUCUGAUGACUAUGGGCAGGACUUAGAUGAUGUUGAGGUGCUGGAGAAAAAGUUUAAAGAUUUUGUAAAUGAGGUGAAACCUCUGGGACAUUCUAAAGUUGUCUCCUUAAAUGAAUUAACAUCUAAACUCUAUAAGGAAGGCCAUAGCAAGAUGGACAUUAUUGAGACAAGAACAAAGCAAAUCAAUGAAACCUGGGAGAAACUAUGCCAUGCCAUUCAGAUGAGGACAGAGAAUCUAAGAGCAGCAUGUCAAGUUCACCAGUACGAUCAUGAUGUGGAUGAAGUAAAGGGCUGGAUGCAGGAGAAAGAGGCAGUGGUGGAUAUAGAAGAUUAUGGGUAUGAUCUUCCAGGUGUACAGACACUUCUCAGUCAUCUUGAGGGAGUAGAGAGAGAUCUAGGAGUCAUCAUGAAAGAGCUGGAACGGAUUCGAGGAGAGGCUUGGCACCUCAGCCGCACAUACCCUGAAGUUAAGGAAAAUAUCAUGGAGAGACUCACAGAUGUGGAUGAGUCCUGGGAAAAACUGGACAAAAAAUUUCUGGAGAGGAAGGCAAGACUGAGUCAGGCAGAACAAGUCCAGCUCUACUUCAAUGCCUGCAGGGAGCUGAUGACCUGGGCCAAUGAGAUGCAUGCACUAGUGAUAUCUGAGGAACUGGCAAAUGAUGUCCUGGGAGCUGAACUGCUUAUCAAGCGUCAUGAGGAAUACAAGCGUGAGAUAGAGAAGCAGUGGCUAAAAUAUGAAGAAAUGCAGCGGGCAGGAGGUGACCUGGUGAAGAAUGCACAUUUCAUGUCUGUGGAGAUUGAAGAAAAACUGUUAGAGCUGUCAGAGCUGAUGAAGAAGGUAAAGGAGAGCUGGGACAUGAGGAAAGUGUUAUAUGAAGAAAACUGGGAGAUUCAAUUGCUCCGCAGAGAGCUAGAACAAGCAGAAGCAUGGCUGACUGCCAAGGAGAGCUUUCUUUCAGAUCCUAACUAUGGAGAUUCAGUGUCUGAAGUAGAGGAAUUACUGAAGAAACACCAUGAUUUUGAGAAGAUGCUCGCAGCACAGGAGGAGAAAUUUGCUCAGCUCAGCAGGAAAACUAAGAGAGAAAUGAAUCUUCUGAAACAAGUGGACACAGAAGACAGUGAGCAUAAGGAUAAAGGCAAAGUUGUACGGGUUCCCUCUCUGAAAAGAAAAACAUCUGACAGAAGGAAUACACCACCAAAAGUGACAGAGAUAAAGAGCACAAUGCCACUGCCAUCUGUGCCCUUACCCAGCGUGUCCUGGAGGGCCCCACUUGAAACUAUUUUCUCCCCUGUUGAAAAAUCUCCAACAAGGUUCCAACAAGUCAUUGCUGAGGAUGUCCCUGAAGUGCUGAGCAGCAACAAAACAGAAAUGAAAGCUGAAACAAGGCUCAGUGAGAUUAUUCCUCCACCUACACCAAAGAUGGUGGGUCCACAAGCUAGUUCUUUGGAAAGUCACGGUUCUGUAAGCUCUCCUUUGUCUCCUACUCCUAUAAACCAGCAACACGGAAGCAGUUUGUCAGAAUCUCGUGCCACAGACCACCUAUCUCCUCAGGAAAAAGGUGCUAUAGGCUCCUCUGUCUCCAAACUAAUGGCAACACCACCCGAGCCUGGACAAAGGUCCCUAGAUAUAUCACCAAACUUACUGCUGUCUAACUCCUCUCGGGAGAGACUAGAGAAUACGUCUUCGGUUUCUGCAAGUCUCCAGAACAUGGAGGGUUUCUUAGAGAAGAGAGACCAGGUCCUUCCAGGAAGACAACAGCCAGGUUCAAGGUCUUGGAAAUCCUUCUAUGUAAAACUUGAUGGAUUAAAGCUUGAUUUCUAUAAUGAUGAAAAAGAAGCAUCUAAGAACAUAUCCACACUCCUCUCCCUCAGUAUUGCAGGCUCCAAAUGUGAGAAGCUAAUAAAUUACACCAGGAAAGAGAACAGCUUCAUGUUGCGGCUGAGAGAUGGGGCAGAGUAUUACUUUGCAGCACCUUCUCAGACACUGAUGGAGGACUGGCUACAAUCACUACAGAAUAAUAUAGGAAACAGUAACAGAUCACAUUCCACAGUGAUGGUGCAGCCUUUCACUUCAAAUACAGAGACUUCCCAGAAAAGACUGUGGGACUUUACAGACAGGGACUCUGCUGAAAGACUGACCAGCAAAAGCUCACUUGUGAGGAGAACACCAUCCUUCAAAAUCAAAGCGGAGAGAAAGUCUGCAGAAUUUUCCAGAUUUUAAGGAAGAUGAGACUGCAGGGACACAAGCCUCCAUCACCACCCUAAGUCUAGAACAAAGUGGAAAUAAAACAAAGCUGCUUCCAUCUCUACUAGAAGCAGGAAGAGAAAAA